UUGGAACAGAACAAACAAUACUGCAGCGUUAAGACGACCAGCCCUGUGUUUCCUCACAUUUGUUCAGACAGAGUGAGGUGGUGCUCAAAGGAGUGGCAGUGAAAAAGACUCUCCCAUAAAAGCGAGGCUGUGCUGUGGAUGGUGGAACAGUCUAACCAAGUGGAUCUGGAUGUACCUGAGGAGCCUGAAGGACAGUUUCAGGUUAUUAGUUACCUGUUAUCCUCUGUUUGAUUCACACAGAUAUGAGGAUGACUCCAUGAGGAAUCUAAAAGACUCUCAAGACGUCCACCAUCUGCUGUUUUAAGGAUUUAAGAUAUCUCGGCUUUCGUUUUUACAACUUUAACACCAAGACAUGGUGUUCUGGAUUUUCUUCCCCAUCAUCCUCGCCCUGGUUUCUUUUGUUGGGACAUGGGCCGUAUAUGGCAUUGCCUUGGCCAAUGGUCAUGUGUGUUCCCUUAGUGACUGGAGUGGAGAGAAUUUCUGCAGAGAAAAUCACUCAAGCUUCAACUGUUGUUUUGCUCCCACCAUAAGCUCCAGUGGAACCGGAACACCAGAAAAUUCACUUUUUACAGCCACGAUCAACGCUGGAUCCUUUCUUUUCCUGCUCUUCUGUUUGUUUCACCAUGCCCAUAUCAUGGAAAAACAUUCACAUCAUUCAAUGCUGAGCAAAGCUGCUCUGGUCUUCGGUGUGGUUGCAGCCAUGGGGUCUUUUGCAGCCGGAAACUGUAACCCGGGUUACCUGACUUUCCUACAUUACCUGGGAGCUGCUGUUAGUUUUCUGUGCAUCUGCCUCUACACGGUGCUGCUCACCGCUCUGACUGGGAAAUGUCUGCUGACAGGAUAUGAAAAGUUUCUCUACCCCUUACGUAUAACAUUAACAAUAACUCAAAGCAUCGCCACCCUCUGCUAUACUAUUCUGUUUACCCAGGACCAGUACCGGUACCUCCACCUGUCUGCUGUAUUCGAGUGGAUGCUCAGUAUCAACCUGGAGCUGUUUGAGCUCAGCUACGCCGUAGAGUUUUUAUUCUUCUCCUCCUUCAUGAUAUCAAAUCUGGUGGGUGAAAGAGACGAACAAAAGCCGUUGAUAAUGCCGAUGUCCUGACAUGAGAGAGCCACGGUCCGGCAGACAGACGGAGGAUGGACACAAGGACUAAGAGAAGUUUCUGCAAAGACAGUGUCCGGACCGUGGCUAGAACAUCCAUAGUUUUUGUAUUUUUAAUCCCUUUCUGGAUAGAGGGAUGGAACUGUGAUAUGCAACAUCGCAGACUUGACACUUUCCCCCACAAUCCCACACUUUUAAACUGUGUAAAUAUUUUUUUUUUCUGGGUGUUUGGGAUCUUUGGGUAAAAAUCUCAGUCCACCAUUUGUUAUUUAUUAAAAAGAAAAGGAUUGAACAAGAAAUGAACAAAACAGUGGUAUUGAUCCUAUGCCAACAGAACAAGAACAUUUGGCUUUUUUUUAAAUUUACGCUUCACUUUAGUAAAACAGCACAUGUACCUAUAACUGAUGAUGAUGAUAAAUCUUAAGGUUUAUAUUAACCCAUAAAGACCCAGUGCUACUUUUAUGGCAGUUCACAAAUGAUUUUUUUUUUAUAUUUAACAUUUCCUAAGUGAUUGAA